CGCCGCCCCUGCCCUGCCCUGCCCUGCCUUCCCCCGCCUCCAGCCCCAGCAUGUCGGUGCCCGGAGGAGCCGGCGGCGAGUUCGGCAAUCCGCUGCGCAAGUUCAAGUUGGUUUUCCUCGGGGAGCAAAGCGUUGGAAAGACCUCCCUGAUCACCAGGUUUAUGUAUGAUAGUUUUGACAACACUUACCAGGCCACUAUUGGAAUUGAUUUCCUCUCAAAGACAAUGUAUCUAGAAGACCGCACGCAGGUCCGACUUCAGCUUUGGGACACAGCGGGCCAGGAGCGGUUCCGUAGCCUCAUUCCCAGCUACAUCCGUGACUCAACUAUUGCAGUGGUAGUCUAUGACAUUACAAAUCUGAACUCCUUCCAGCAAACUUCCAAAUGGAUUGAUGAUGUGCGAACAGAGAGAGGGAGUGAUGUCAUCAUCAUGCUGGUGGGGAAUAAGACUGACCUUGCAGACAAAAGGCAAAUUACUACAGAAGAAGGUGAACAGAGAGCCAAAGAACUGAGCGUGAUGUUUAUUGAGACUAGUGCAAAGACUGGAUACAACGUGAAACAGCUUUUCCGGCGUGUGGCAGCUGCCUUACCAGGGAUGGACAGUGCUCCCGAGAAGAGCAAAGAUGACAUGAUCGACAUCAAACUAGAGAAGCCUCCCGAGCAGCCGGUAACGGAGAGCGGGUGCUCCUGCUAAAGGAGCUGCCGCCUGGCGACCCCUUCCCAAUCGGCCAGCCCGGCCCCGCUGAAGAGCAUCCCCUUUUCAUCGACUAGAGAAGCAACUUUCUGAGGGCUGCCACCCCGGCCUCGUGUGCGAUUGAGCCCCUCCACCCCCCCCAUCCUCGUUCUGUGGACAGCUCCGGCUGCCCCCCUCCUACUGCAUGGUGUGAACCUCAAAUGUGUCCUGUCCCCUUGUUGGUUGUUGCACUUGGUGCCGUGGCACCCUUUUCUCAGUUUCCUACCUUGGGCGCGCCUGCCUAAGAUGUGUUGUCCUAUGAAUGCAAAAGGGGAGGAGCUUUUCCCUCAAGUUAGGAGAACACUGAUAAACCUAACGGCAAAGGGGAGGUAGUGGAGCC